AUGACGGCCUACAAGCUUUUCCUGGCUGCUGCCUUUGCAGCCACUGCUCUCGCAGCUCCUGUUGAAGAGCGUCAGUCUUGCAGCAACGGAGUCUGGUCUCAAUGUGGUGGUCAGAACUGGAGCGGUACUCCUUGCUGCACCAGUGGAAACAAGUGUGUCAAGGUCAACGACUUCUACUCCCAGUGCCAGCCUGGAUCCGCAGACCCUUCUCCCACGAGCACCAUUGUCAGUGCCACAACCACCAAGGCUACUACCACUGGUAGUGGAGGCUCUGUCACCUCGCCUCCUCCUGUUGCCACCAACAACCCCUUCUCUGGCGUUGAUCUGUGGGCCAACAACUACUACCGCUCCGAGGUCAGCACUCUUGCUAUCCCCAAGCUGAGCGGUGCCAUGGCCACCGCUGCUGCCAAGGUCGCCGAUGUUCCUUCUUUCCAGUGGAUGGACACUUAUGACCACAUCUCCUUCAUGGAGGAGUCUCUUGCCGAUAUCCGCAAGGCCAACAAGGCUGGUGGCAACUACGCUGGUCAGUUCGUCGUCUACGAUCUUCCCGACCGUGACUGUGCUGCUGCUGCCUCCAACGGAGAGUACUCCCUUGACAAGGAUGGCAAGAACAAGUACAAGGCCUACAUUGCCAAGAUCAAGGGUAUCCUCCAGGACUACUCUGACACCCGCAUCAUUCUCGUUAUCGAGCCUGAUUCUCUUGCUAACAUGGUCACCAACAUGAACGUCCCCAAGUGCGCCAACGCUGCUAGCGCUUACAAGGAGCUCACCAUUCACGCCCUCAAGGAGCUCAACCUUCCCAACGUCUCCAUGUACAUCGACGCCGGUCACGGUGGCUGGCUGGGAUGGCCCGCCAACCUUCCUCCUGCCGCCCAGCUCUACGGUCAGCUCUACAAGGAUGCCGGCAAGCCAUCUCGCCUCCGAGGUCUCGUCACCAACGUCUCCAACUACAACGCCUGGAAGCUAUCCUCCAAGCCCGACUACACUGAGAGCAACCCCAACUACGACGAGCAGAAGUACAUCCACGCUCUGUCUCCUCUUCUGGAGCAGGAGGGCUGGCCCGGUGCCAAGUUCAUCGUCGACCAGGGCCGAUCUGGUAAGCAGCCCACUGGCCAGAAGGCUUGGGGUGACUGGUGCAACGCUCCCGGAACUGGAUUCGGUCUCCGACCCUCUGCCAACACUGGCGAUGCCCUCGUCGACGCUUUCGUCUGGGUCAAGCCUGGUGGUGAGUCUGAUGGUACCUCUGAUACCUCUGCUGCUCGCUACGACUACCACUGCGGUAUUGACGGCGCUGUCAAGCCCGCUCCUGAGGCUGGAACCUGGUUCCAGGCUUACUUUGAGCAGCUUCUCAAGAACGCCAACCCCUCUUUCCUGUAA